AUCGCAGGAAGUAAUGUGUUAGUAAUGUUAACGUAAAAAUGGCGGCGUCUGUCAACAGUUCGAGCUGGAGUACUCCUGAGGUUUACAAACACCACGAGCAGCAAAAGAUUUGCAUAUCUCGGCCAAAGUACAGGGAAGGAAGGAGACCCAAAGCAGUAAAGGUGUACACGAUCAACUUGGAGUCCCGUUUCCUUAUGGUACAAGGAGUCCCAGCCAUUGGAGUUAUGACGGAACUGGUACAGCUGUGUGCUCUAUACGGGGUUGUGGAGGAGUACAGGCCGCUGGAUGAGUACCCUGCAGAGGAAUUCACGGAGGUCUACCUCAUCAAGUUCCAGAAGCUCACGAGUGCUAGGGCCGCCAAGCGGAACAUGGACGAGAAGAGCUUCUUUGGAGGGAUACUACACGUGUGCUACGCCCCCGAGUAUGAGACAGUUGAGGACACCAGACAGAAGCUUCAAGACAGGAGGAGAUACGUGGCCAGAACAGCACAGAUGAAAGCGAAAGAAAGGGAACAGAAAGAAGAGGAGAGUGAGAAGACCCCACCCUCACACACGCCUGAUACCUCACACACGCCUGAUACCUCACAUAAAAUCCCCAGACACGAGCAGAGGUUUUCUAGUGGUCCUCAGCAUGGAGAGAGAUCUAACACCAGCCAGUACUGUGGGUUCCCUCUGCUCCCCUUGCCCCCUAGAGAGAGGUCUUGUUCCAGGAACACCCCCCCCUGGCUGGCCUCUGGGCCGCAGGGAAGCCAGCCCUGGACUGUACCAACCCAGGGAAGCCAGCCCUGGACUGUACCAACCCAGGGAAACCAGCCCUGGACUGGACCAACUGAGGACAGGAUGGGGACGCUGCACAAUGCUAUCGACUCAGAACAGCAGCACCUACAACCCCCUUCCAGCUCCUCUGGUGACAGGAGCAGAGAGGCUGUUCGCAGGCCGACUAACGAUCCACGUCCAGCUAUCAGGUUUGUUCCCAGGACUACACAGCUGGAAAACAGGAAACGCAAAGCGGGUGAUCUUGGAGAGGGUGCGCUGUUGGGGAUUGUGGGAAAGGAAGACAUUAUCAUCGGGCCAAAACUACCGGAACCACCCAAGAUGGACAUGGAGGACAAGUCUUUGAACAAGACGGUCGACUUGAUUAGGAGUACGAUGAAAAAGGUCACAUCUGUUCCUGAUGUCAAACCGACAGAAAAGAAGACCAAAUUGAAGCCACGGAGGAGAAUUUAACUGUAGACGAUGACCAAGAGAAGUUCAAGGGAACACAUACAAUGUGUUAAAGUUUAACAUGUUUUAUUUAUACACUUUACUCAUAAUGAGCAGCAAAUUUCAUGAAUUAAAAAAAUAUAUAGAUAAUAAGUG